CAACGUGGAGGCUUCGCCUUUUCCGUCGUGUGGCCUAGUCUCUCGGCAUCUCCGACACUCCCGCAACCCCUGGAGCGGAUAGGGAGCCCGGAAAGCCCUUUCUUGGAGAAUCUGGAACGUUAGGUCGUCGACGUCCCGCCCACGGUUUGACCCGUCUUCCCCUUCUACCACCCGCGCUUCCCCGCCCGGUUUAGGGCUUUUCACAGUCCUCAAAGAUUCGGUAUUUAAUCUCCUGUUCCCGCCCACAAGAGAGAAGGAAGACUCUCCAAGGUACCAUAGGCAAUUCUUUCCAAGGAGAUGUCGAUUCCUUUCUCCAACACCCACUACCGAAUUCCACAAGGAUUUGGAAAUCUUCUUGAAGGGCUGACACGGGAGAUUCUGAGGGAGCAACCGGAGAAUAUACCAGCUUUUGCCGCAGCGUAUUUUGAAAACCUUCUAGAAAAAAGAGAGAAAACCAACUUUGAUCCAGCAGAAUGGGGGGCUAAGCUAGAGGACCGCUUCUAUAACAACCACGCAUUCAAGGACCAAGAACAAACUGAGAAAUGUAAAGAAGAAAUGGCCAAAUCAUCUGCUAAUGAAGAAACAUCAGUUACGGCCUUUGAGGAGUUAACUGAGGAAGAAAGAGAAAAGGAGGAGUUUGCUGCUCUCAAAAUCCAAUCCGUCUUCCGGGGACAUGUGGCCAGAGAAGAGGUAAAGAAAAUGAAGUCAGAUAAAAGUGAAGAGAAAGGAGAGGAAGCCAAGUGAGGAUACUGGC